GGCAGGGCCGUAAGAUGGUAGCAGCUGCAUGUGUAUUUUUUGCUUGGGUUAAGAAAAUAGCUUAGUGUUUAGUUAAACGAUUAAAUAGUUCGUACGUUUACUCAGCAUGUAUAAAGGUGGACUGAGACUGGGGAUUUUGCAGACCGUACGUUUCCAUUCAGAGCUGCUGUGCUAGAAGUUGGUUUGCUUGAGAUCUGAACGGCUUUAAGGUUUGAUCUGCAUGUGAUGGUGCAUUGCACGGGGAAAUGCUGAAGAUUUGGCAAAACAGACUAACAAAGAGCUUACAAUGAAAGCGGAAUUACUUCCAACUGCAACAUGGCUGCUGUCGUCCAGACGUUUAUGGGGGAAGUUUAGCCCCUGACGUGAAAUAACUUAAAAACACAUUUAUCUCUUAACCAAAGGGCAGGACUUCUUUCUUCAACAUAUCUUCACUACCUGGAUCGUAAAGGGCGAAACUAGCAAAGCGGUGAGGACGACUCGGUUGCUCAGUCUGAUUACAUGGCAGUGGAGGAAAACAGGAGCACUAUUUGAAUUAGUUUGGAAUUUCGCUUGGAAGAAUAACAACCCUGACUUUACUGAGAAAAUGCAUUUCUCAAUUCCCGAGACAGAAGUUCGCUCCUUGGAAAAUGGUUCCACAUACGUGGCCUACAACAUCCACGUGAAUGGGGUUCUGCACUGCCGGGUGCGCUACAGUCAGCUUUUAGGCCUGCAUGAACAGAUAAAGAAAGAAUAUGGAAACAAUGUGGUUCCUGCAUUCCCACCGAAGAAAAUCUUUACCCUCACACCCGCCGAGGUGGAGCAGCGCAGAGAGCAGCUGGAGAAAUACAUGCAGGCUGUGCGUCAAGAUCCCUUGCUGGGAGCCAGUGAAAUGUUCAAUAGCUUUCUGAGAAAGGCUCAACAGGAGACACAACAGAUCCCCACUGAGGAGGUCCAGCUGGAGGUGCACCUGUCCAACGGCCAGAAGGUCAAUGUCAACAUCCUGACGUCAGAUCAGACCGAAGAUGUCCUUGAGGCAGUUGCAUCGAAACUGGAGCUGCCCGAUGAUUUAGUGGGCUAUUUCAGCCUUUUUCUAGUUCAGGAGGGGCUGGACGGAGGCUAUACAUUCGUGAGAAAGCUGCAGGAGUUUGAGCUGCCUUACGUAUCGGUCACUAGCCUGUGCAAUCCUGAUUACCACAUCGUCCUUCGCAAAAGCUACUGGGACAUGGCAUAUGAUAAUGAUGUAAUGGAGGACAGAGUGGGUCUGAACUUACUAUAUUCUCAGACGGUGUCAGACAUUGAGCGAGGUUGGAUUCUGGUGAACAAAGAACAACACAAACAGCUGAAAUCUCUGCAGGAGAAAGGCUCAAAGAAAGAGGUUAUUCGAUUGGCACAGACCUUGAAGUACUAUGGCUAUAUCAAGUUUGAUCCCUGCAUCACAGAUUUUCCCGAAAAAGGAUGCCAAGUCAUCGUCAGUGCUGGUAACAAUGAGCUCAACUUUCACAUUAAACUGCCCAAUAAACAAAUGAAGGAGGGCAGCUUCAAAGUAACACGCAUGAGAUGCUGGCGUGUCACGUCAUCUCAAGUUCCGGUGGCAAAUGGCACAGCUAAUCCCUGCACCUCCAGCAAGUGUGAGGUCAAACUGGAGCUGGCCUUCGAGUAUCUGAUGAGCAAAGACCGUCUGCAGUGGGUCACUAUCACCAGUCCACAGGCUAUCAUGAUGAGCAUCUGUCUGCAGUCCAUGGUGGAUGAACUGAUGGUCAAGAAGUCUGGAGGAAGCAUUAAGAAGCUGCAGAAGAAGCGUCUCAAUGGAUCCAUCCAUCGAUCCAACAGUCAGCAAGCUGUGAAGUCACCUCCGUUAUUGGACUCUCCUGAUACAAAUCGCGAGCAAGUCGUCAAGCUCUCGACCAAGCUAAGUUCUGUCUCCCUACGGGGAAUCAGUGCCUCCAACUCGGCUAACGAUCUCAGCGGCAACGAUUUCCAUGGAAACUACGCCUUUGAGGGCAUCGGUGAUGACGAUCUGUGAGGCUCCUUCCAGACUGCAUCACAGGAGAGCUGAGCUGAGCCGAGCACGUUCCAGCGGAGGGGACGCGUCUGAUCCUGCAACCUCACUGAGCACUUUGUUGCCAUGUAGUCUACAGCAUAUCUGCAACUAUCAACCCCCCAUCCCCCCACGCCCAUACACGCCAGAAAUCAAGUAAGGGUUCUAGGUGUAGCACAAGUACAAUUCAUUCUGUGUCUCAUUCACGUCGAUCAAAUACUUAGAGAAGCUAAAAUAUCUGAUCAGUAUUUUAAACCCUGGCACGCUUUAAAAAGCCAUCACACAGGGAUGCAGAGUGACAUUGGGUUGAGUUUACAGCAUCCACAGAUGAACAAAAAAAAGUGAUGCAUUAUUGGUGUGCUAAUGGCUGCUGCUGAUUAAACCUUGACUAAAUAGUAUUUCAUUAUCAGAGACUUAAAGCUGUGCUUUCUUGUCCUUUUCGCUACGUCACCAAUGGCCUGGCAUUCUUUGAACUUGAUGCCAUCUUAAGCCGAUGACCAUAGUAAAAGUAGAUCUGAGAACACUGAUUUCACUGAUUUAAACCGUUCCAGAAUUUAGUCAGAGAUAUGGCUGUUUUCCUUAAUAACUAAAUUCCACAUGCUCACACCAGCAUCUACUGUUUUAUUGAGUGCUUUCACAUGCACACUUAUGAUUUGAUCUCUAUCAGAUUUUGGCAUUUCUUCUGUAAUUAAGUGAACAACAUGCUUUGAUCAAUGAUAUUGGAUUUAGGGUGUUGGCUGAUGGCAAAAGAAUCUGUUUAAGUCAUUUUAGGUAUAGCUUAGGGUAUUUCUUCACAGUGGGUGUGUUCGAAAACCUAGUGACCUGCCUUGCUGUCUUACUGCCUACAAAGGCAGCUGCCUAAAUAGAGAGGAUUCUAAUAAGUCAUUGACUUUUAUAAGGCAUGUUAUUUGAAUGUGCUAUUAGGCAGCAAUUCCAUCAGUUUUCACUAACUAAGCUAACACAGUUAGCCUCAUGCCAUUCAAACCAAUGGGAUGGGGUGGCACAAUGUGCUAGCAUGUCAACUAACUAAUGUCGAAAAUGGGUAAAUUUGCUGACAAGCUCGAACUUGCAAAUAAAAACACUUGCGCACGUUUAUACAAAUUAUAAAUCAAUAAUAAUUUAUUUACGUUUGAAAAUAACUUCGUUUUUUCUGCACCGUCCACCAUGUUUUGAAUUUUUCUGUGUGCUGGGAUUGCCUCCACCAUUAAGGCAGCAUCGGAUGCUCACUUAUUCUCGAGUCAAAAUAGCGUUGGAAUUUUAAGAUACCUAACUAGUGAGCAUAUUAAGGCAUCUAGGAUUUCGAACAGCCUAUUUCUCGGGAGCGCGCGUAGGAGGACGUAAAAUGCUGUCUAUGUAGAGAGCUCUCUCGGUUUUCGAACACACCCAAUGCAACCGUGCGAUCGCAUGAUAACGUCACUUUUCUGAAUCACAUUUCAUUUGCAACCUGACGGUAAUUUGGUCAGCAAAAUUGUGCAAGCAAAGUCACAUUUUACAGCAGGAUUUGUGGUGAACAAAUUUGGGUGUUAAAUUCAAAGUGGGGUUGUUUUUGUUUAGUAAACCAAAAUGUUUCUUGUUGAUUUCUUAACUGUUACUUCUUGAUAUGGCAGUGCAGUGGAUCCAAAAUGAAGGAAGUGCUUACUAGUACUAAGAUUUUCUACAGUGUUAUCCAACUCCACUACAAAUGUCACCUACAAAUGUGGUUUACAAUCAGCCUGGAGACUUGGUCAUUUACAUUUGUGUUUUUUACCAUUUUGGGAGUGAAUUAGCCUAGCUUGCCAGGCCAAUUGCAACCAAAUUUCAAAUGUACAAAGCUUGUUAAACAUGUGAGAUUAGAUUUGGACUGCCAAUUUGGUCAUUUUGGACACACUACAAGCUGCAAUAUAAACUGGUUAACCAUUGAAAGUCGUAGCUAAAAUGGCACAUUGCUAACAGCACUACCGUAUCGAAAUAUUGAAAUAAUUUCAUUUCAGUUUUAUAUCUCUGUUCUGUUUUUGUGGAUCUAGCUUUAGACUGCGUCCACAGCAAUGUAUUUUGGUGUGUGACAAAAAUGUGCUGUUGCUUUUGAUUUUAGUAGCAUUCAUGUGAUGAUGGGAUAUCCCUUAAUCAGACGUCAUUGUACUUAUUGUUUGUUUGUAGAACACAACAGUUGCACAAAUCAUGAUUUAAUGCAUAUCAUGUUUAUUUCAUAAUUAACACACACACACACGUUUAUGACCCAAAACAUUAGGACCACCCACCUAAUAUGUUGUCAAAACAGCUCUGAACUGCUGAGACAUGAACUUCACAAGACAUCAAGGGGAGUCCUGUGGUAUCUGAUAACAGGACAUUAACAGCAGCAUCUCUUUCUGCACUGUUGGUGGAUGGUCAUGUGCAUUCUGGUGCCAUCUCUUCCAUGGGUAAAUUGACGAUGUUGUGCCCGGUUAUCCAAUGAUCUUGAAGAAGACAGCAUUUGUUGGACCAGUCAACUUUCUUCCAUUGCUCUGAUGGUCCAGUUCCAUUGCUUGGGUGCAAAGUGUAGGUGCUUUUGAUGGUGGACAGGAGUAAGCAUGGGCACGUUGACUGGCCCGUGACUACACCAGCCCCAUACACAAAAGGUUUGAUGUACCUUGUGUUGUGACACAUUCAUUUUAAGACCAGUAUUAAAAUGAUCUACAAUUUGAGCCACAGUGGCUUUUUCUUCAUCGCCUUUAUGUCCUCUGGCAUCAAUGAGUCUUGGCUGCCCAACAACUCGUCAACAGGUUGUGGCUUGUUCCUCCUUGGAACACAGCUGCCUGUUAGAGCUUUGCUCUUUCAUGGAAACUUUAACCCAGUCAUAUGAUCAUACGAUCUGGCUUUAAGAAAAUCGCUUAGGUUUUUAUGCUGCCCAUAUCUGCAUUUAAUAUGUUCCUGACCAUCACAUGCACAGUUGUACCGAAAUAGGAAUUGCCAUGCACAUUCCUGGGGGUGGUACUAAUGUUUUGGCUCAUCAGUUUAUAUAAUUCGGAGUUUAUCAAAUCUGAGUCUUCUUAAAACCUUGGCAUUUAGGGCAUGUACGGAUCAGACUGAGAUCCCUGUAAUAACAAGCAUGUCGUUUCACUCCAAAGAUGCAGCCUUAGUCUUCGGAUCAAAACAGCAAGAGCUUAAAGAUAAACACUGUGUUCGUGACCAUGACUUCAAAAUAAAUAUUUAUUCAUAAAGGACCAGAAACAGCCCUGUUUGAAGCUAGUCAGGAAAUACAACAACACAGAUUAAUAUAUGUUUAAUGGACGUCAAAAUAAUGAAUGUAGUGUGUGUGAGUGGAAAAUGCUUGUGCUCAAAGGCUAGUUAGAUUAAAAGUAGUGAUGCUACCGCUUCACUACUGGACUGUGCUGUUUAAUCUAAUGACUUAGCCACUAGCUUAUACGUGUAGACCUGGAGCUUCUUCCAUCAUCAAGUCAUUCACUACUUGUAUUCUUGCCAAAAUCUUUAUUUUCUGUUUCAGAUUAUUUUGUACAUGUAAGUGCACUCGUUGUAAAAUGAAGAGUAUUUAGGUGACACUGCUGCCUACAUGAUGUGCAAUGUGCCAAUCAUUAAGAGAUUUAGCAUUUUCGUGAGGUGAUCUUGCCAAUGAACGGGACUUCUUCAUAUGCCUUUAAGCUUUUUCUUGCCUUUUCUGUAACAACAAUGAAUAAAAACCUCGACUACUCGGACUGUUCAUCACAAAGAGCACUAGAGUGGCCGAACACCCAGCGUAUGGAGAAUUGCUUUGGUGGUUCGAGUGUUGGUUUGUAUUUGGUGUAAGCUCCGGUGACACGUCUUGCAGAACAUCGUCUGCUCUGUUGGUAUGUUUGGCUGAACUGCUUGCACAUGCUGAACUCAUGAUUUUGCACAAUAUUAACAUGGACAGAUGGUAUGAUUAAUUAUGGAAAACAUUCUGCUAACUGGUUCUUGAGGAUUUCUCUCAUUUCUUUCAAGAGUUUCUUUUAUCUUUUUUUAGACAGUUUCUCAGAAAGGCCAAACAUUGUAGUUUACUAAAGCAUUUUGCACAAAACACAUUAAUCACCAUCAUGUCACUUUUUUAAAUGUACAUUCAAUUCUGAAAAAGUAUUCAGACCAUUUUGCUAAUAUGUAUUCAUUACUAUUCUGUAUUAUAAUUGUAUGCAGUAGAUCAAAUAAAUCUAAGUUGUGGAAAAAUUAAAAACGUUUAAUCACUGUUUACAGAAUUUUAGACUUAGGUAGAAGUGUUUACAAAUUCAAUAUGAAUUUUGGCGAUUGUCCUUGUACUUGUCUUUUUACACAUCUCAUUGUUUAAAUAAGAAUUCUAUCCAAUUUUUUUUCUUUAAUAAAAUAUUGUUGUAGCAUCUGACAGGCCUGUGUGGAAAAGGCACUCGCAUCCAUUUCAUAUUUUCUGCAGUUUGAUUUUAUAGCAUUGCAUUAGUGUCAAUUACCGUUUUGUGAAUGAUACACAACUGACCUGAGAGUGCUGUAGAACAUUACACCCAAUUUUCCUACCUACUAGAAAUUUUAGGUAGACAUUAGUUAUUUAAUCUUUAGAAAGCUUCAGUAUUUUAAAGAAAUAAUUCCACAUUUCGAUGUUAAAGAUUCUGUUUUGCAAUUUUGGUCAACCAACUUAAUUCCAGAUAAGUUUACAAAUGAAAAUGUAUUUGAAUGAAUGUCGUUUAUCGUAUCCUUUGGCUUGACAUCAUUUCCAGUGUGACGGUUAUUAAAUAUGACCCAUCAUAUUUAGUAUCAAUGUAUAAAUGAGUGAAUGAACAUUUUUUUAUAAAA